AUGAUACAAAAAAAGGUAGAAGAACCCUGGCAAAAUCCAAAUGUUAAAGACGAUUUAUCCUGUCAAGAUUCGAAUGAAAAAAUACACAAAACGGCACGAAACAAACAGGGGUGCAUAAGAGAUAUUGAAAUAUGGUUUAAAAAAGAAACGGCCAUAUUAAUAACGGUCGGAAUAAGUUCGGCUGCCUUACAGCUCAUCGGAAUGUUUUUCUCGAUAUGCUUAUGUCGAAAUUUAAGCGACACCAUAUAG